UUUCGCAAUCAGUAAUGCAACAAUUAAGUCUACUUCUGCUCUUUGUUCAUUUCGCAAGUUACCGUUGUUCCUCACCAACUUUGUCCCUGCAUUGGUUUUCUCUUUGCGAAGAAGAUGUACUCAUUCGUGUAUAAGUCGCGCAACCUUGCUCCACACACAGAGAGCAAAGUACAGGCUUACUUGACCCAUCUGUCUGAUUUAUUGCUAUCCAUCAAGAUUCUCCGUCAACUAUACACAGCCUGUACAUCACAAUGGAGAGCCCUUCGGUCAGCGAGAUGACCAUCUCGGCUCUACACAAACUCAACGACUGUCUGCAACACGCAACGCUAAGAGAAUGGGUCGAACAGAUGAAGACAUACUUUGAGAAGAACUGGAGACAGAAACUCCGAAUCUGCGCCACCUCUAACGGGAUCUAUGAUGACAGCGGCAUGCAUUCAGACGAAUUUGUCCGACUGCAUGCCGUUCGACGUUUGAAACAGCUGAUCGAGGGGCUGGAUGAGUGUAUUGAGACAGCAACUAAGUCUGAGGAGUGUCUGUUUCCAGGCUGUGCUGACCAGUCCCAUGAGAACAAAGAAGAUGUCGUGUCAUCAGAACCCGGCUGGGAUGAGUUUGGCCCUAAAAUUGAACGGCCGGUGAGGCCUGAGGGGGCGCCCAAACUUACCGAAAAACUAAAGGAAGCCCAGCUGAGUCUUGAGAAGCUCGGUUUACUCGCAGAAAGAAUGGCAGAUCUUUAUAAUGACGCCCGCGACUAUGAAGCCAAAGCCAAGUUCACGUACGUGGACUAUCAAAAGCUGGAUGACCCCGAUCAUAAGUAUUACCGUGAUGUGGAUGUUGAGGGCCUGCGCAGCUUGAAGAAGCAUCUUAUCCGGGAGUACCAUCACGGAUACUCCAUCGACUUCCCCCAGUACAAAGCAGGAGCUAGUGAAGGCUUACCCAGCGGUAAACCCGCGCUGGCUUAUCUUGAACAGGAUCAUCGACAGCAAGUACACCGCUUAAUCUACGUCAUACUCCGCCGACACCACCGGCUGAGCCUGUCGCGAAAAGCAGCGGAGAAGCGGGCCACCGCGCGGGCUGCAAUUGGCACUGGAGACGGUAACGGAAAGGAUAUUCUAUCCGAGAACCCGCCGGCAAAUGUAUUCCAACCCCAGCUGCCAUCCACCGAUGAAAUGAGGCAGUUGAAGCUUGCCUCUUGGUCCAAGGCCCCUUCUCCAAAGUCCAUCGAGGGGCAGGAGCGCACGUUCCAAUGCCCAUACUGCGGUGACAUGCUCCUGGAGGCAGACUCGGAGCGCACAGCCUGGUACGAACAUGUAAACAACGAUCUUCUACCAUUCGCCUGUCUCUGGUCAUGCUGCAAGCAGGAAGACCCGAAGGAAUUUGCCAACGUCGUUGAACUAACAGCCCACCUCGAAGAGAAUUUCGGGACCGUCGAGCACGGGGUGUGUGAUGCUUGCCUUUCACAGGGAAAGUCCUGCAACAGUUGCGAGUUCACGAACAAGAACGAUCUUGACAAGCAUCUUGCUUCGUUUCAUCGAAACAAGAGUAAGAGUCCGACACCGACCACCCGGUUAGAGGUUCCCAGCCAAUGUCCGCUUUGCCCUCGGAAGCUCAUCUAUAAGAAUCGGGGCCCUGACUCGUUGUAUCCCCACGUUGCCAAUCAUAUGGAAAGGUUUACUACCCUUGCAUUGCCGGAGAUUGGGAUUGAGCAGUCGAAUCGUCGAGAGGGUAAGCCUACAGCUGCCAUGUAGAUUGGGAGUGAGGCGGAUGUAGUAAUUAAGUAAUUCGUACUUUAGAUGUUAUGUUUAUGCUAUCAGAAUGUGAAUCGCAGUAUUUGACAACUAUCA